AUGAUCAUUAAGGACCCGGACGCGAAAGAUUCUGACGAAGGGCCGCCCCAGGGUGGCCCUUCGACGGCUCCCGUUGCCCCGCCAAGCUUCGCGGAGAGCACUGGCGCAUUGGCCCCGAGCUACAGCCAAUUCGGCACGCCGGAUGUGUUCAUCCCGCAGGGCGGUGAGGAACCACCGCCCGAGUUCACGCCGUACGAGGCGGAGUAUUUCGUCUCGGGGAGCGACGGGGACAUUGUCUCGCACGACCGGCACUUGAACGAGGAUGGCGAGGCACUGUAUCGUUUCCUGCUGUCGCACUCCCUGACGCCCCCUACUGUGCGCGUCCAUCUCCGAGGGACGCAUACUGAGAGCCGGACACGCUCGGUCAGCUCCAGGGACAAGGAUGGGCACUACCACAUGGUCGAAGAGCACUAUACUGAAGAAGUCACAGAUUUCGACUUUGAUAUCGAUGUUGGGCAGCACAUCGCUUCUCGCCCUGUUCACUGGAGUCUUCCUGACGAGGAGCCAGCGUACAGGGGCGGCAUGGUCAAGGAGGUGGACGUUCCUUCUGAGAGGCUCAUUAGCGGCAUAGCCCUCGAGGGCGGCUCGCCAUUGGCACGGCGGAAGGCGGCGAAGAGAGACAUCAAAGCCGCAGCCGCUUGCCAGAAGGAGAAGCGAGCGAGGGGAUUGCCACCAUGGGCUGCAAUAGAUGAGGGCACCGACGCGACACACACGGGGCUCCUCGCCCACCAGUCAUCUGUCCUCAAGUCGUCGAAGACACUUCGGGAGUGGGCGGACGAAUACUGCGCCACCGACAAGUUGCUCAAGGAAUUUACCUAUGAGAAGGUCGUGUACGGCUGGCACCUCGCCAACCUAGAAGCCGCCAUUUCCGCCGCUAUCAAGUCCACGUACUAUACCGGUCGGUUCGCUGUCGAGUUCCGCACGACCAACGCGAAGAUCACCGUCCGCCCCGACAACCGGCUCUCGCGUACACUGUCCAACAAGUGGCUCAAAUUCAUACUGUUCGUCCUGCUCUUAUACCCCUUCAUCUGGCUGUACAAGCGCUUUGGUCGGAGGGGCGGCGGACGAUGGGAGGUCUGCGGCGGUGCGUAUGCCCUGAAGACAUGGCAACUGGCAGGCACCCCCGGAGAGCAGCCACCUCCGUUCCCGCCUCCGCCUUUCUCGGGCGCCGCUGCUAUUAUACACGAUGAUCGCAUCAUGCAGACGCCAAUGGGCAUCGCCAGGCUGGUGGGGCUCAGAGAAGGCGAGUGGUUCCAAGAGUGGGAAGGCACCAUCCGCAGGGCAGUCACAAACCGGCUGAAAUCGAGUGUGCCCUUGAAGGAGCCAGAUGGGCGGCCGACACAGGCGGCCCUGCUGCUGGACGGCUAUCGCCCGACAUACUAA